AUGGAGUUUGGAGUAACCCCUCUGAGAAAUGAUGCAGAGAAGAGAAUCAAGUUCAUCCCGGAAUAUGUACACGGGUACUGUGGGGGCAGAAAUAACAUUCUCAAAUUCGCCAAUAGGAAAGUUAUCUACCCCGUUGACAAUUUGGUCGUCGUGUACGACCUGCUAGACCGAGUGCAAUCCAUCUUUGCACAACACCUGAAUGAGGUGACCCUGGUCAGGUGCAGAGAAAGCGGCACAACUGUCCUGAGCGCAGAGGAGAGCAACAGUCACGUGAGAAUAUACCUAUGGGACAAGAACAAUUUUAUAAUUUUAGCCAAAAUAAAGAUAAAGAAGAAGCACUUUGUAGAUAUAGAGUUCUUAAACGAUGGGGAUAUUUUCCUUCUGUGCAAAUGGGCUAGUAAGUUAGUCUGUUUGGUUCUAUCCGUGGAGAGGUUCCGCGACGGGGGGGUGCGUCUCAGUAUGAACAGCGUGUUUUUGGUGAAGGUUACAGAGGGGUGUUACGAAACAGCGGAACGGAGAAGAAGACAGAAUGGGAAUGAUGCUCCUGAUGAUGGUGGUGGUGGUAACUGUGUCAACCGUCGUAGAUGUGGGUCUACCAUCACAAUGCUUGAGAGACGCCUCAUGGCAAGGGUGAUCACGGAGCGGAGCAAUGUUUUCCGGCUGUUAAGGAAAAGACGCACAAGGAAUGACGCACACAUAAUUGCCAACCGGAAGGCAGAAGGAGCUACUGCUGGGAAGUCCUACUUUAGGAAGGUAAUGGUUAAGGAUGCAGCAAACUUCGUCCAGGUGAAAGAGCGCAGAAAAGGGGGCCAUCAACAUUAUGACAUAGCGUUUGUAAUCCCAUUUGUCAAGGAGAGUAAAAGGUUCAACAGGUUGCUAACAGAAUUUAGAGUAUCUGUACCAGCUGACAAUAACGCGUGCGUAUAUAACGGGGAGUAUAUGUUCCUUUAUGUGAUGAAAAAUGGUGUCCUUUACGAAAGGCUGAGGAAUGAGAGAGUUAGUAAUGCCUCAUUUGUAAAUGAUGGAAGUUUUUCUAAACCAGAAGAGGCUGCCCACUUUUUUUCCUUCCUUUCGAUGGACCUAAUUGUGAGUGGAUUACGUUUGUGUGACCUCUCAGGGGAAGGGGAAAUAACAAGAGAUGGAUCGAAUGGGGAAUUCCCAAUAUGGACAGAGGGAUCGGUUGGCGAAUGGAUUAUCCAGAGGGGGAAUUCACCCAAUCAAGGUUCAAUAAUGAAGGAGGAGCACCUUAACAUGGGAAAAUGCGUGACUAAUCGGUUUGACAAUUUCUUCGGGGAUGAAAUUAGUGCGGUCGCGCUUGUCACCUGUUUGUGUGUAAAAGAGGGGGACGACAUAGAUGUUGUUUUGAAGUUACAAAGGAGAGUCCUGCAUGGAGACCGGAAUACUAACCCACAAUUGCACUCCAAAAAAGAGAGAAGCAUGAACAAGGUCCCCUCAAGAAGGAAAAAAAUCCUCAUUGUGGGGACCAAACGGGGCGUAAUCAUAAUCAUAGAUUUUAGAAAACCCCAUAAAGUAGAACAUUUAAGGAAGAUCUCUGAGGACGGGAUAGUCUCAAUUUUUACUCAUCAGAAUUGUGUAGUGGUACUAAGCUGUUCCGGGGUGUUAUAUUUUUUGGAGGUACCCAAUUAUGAGAUGUCUAAAUCGGUUGAUAUAUUCUGCUCGUUGGGUGAAGACUCUCCCUCUGUAGAUAAAAGGAAAUUGUCGACUAUGAGGGGGACAUCUGAUUGUGCACUCCUGGAGAGAGGAUUCGUAAAUUCAUUCAGAGGAGGUACCACUAGUAGAAGAAGUGGUGUCCAUAUGGGCAACAACCCCACACGUAGCUAUACUGAGCAGAAGGGAAAGGAAUCAUCUGGAGGGUUAUUAUCUUUGUCUGUUAGGAAAAGGCCAACUGUGAAUGAUAAGGAGGGUAAAAGGAUCAUAUGCGCUUCUUGCUUGUUAGAUGUUUAUACUGUCGUGUUGGGAAUUUCAAACGAUCAGAUGAUUCUAUACAACUUGAUUUCCAAUGAGUCCUGCUCCAUUUAUCCACGGAGGCAGAAGAUAAAUUGCUUCACGUUAGGGAAUGAUCAUAUUUUUUACAAUGUCGAAAGGUGUCUGUACAAAAUGAGUUUAGUUCAGUAUAACUGCCCCGUGAAGGUGAUGACUUUAACAGAGGGACCCAUUUCAUCCUUUGUGUUUCUCUCAAGGGGAGUGUUAAUCUGCGGGACAGUGCGGGGUAGUUUGUGCUUCUUCUCUGUUUCGGAGGGAGGGGUCAAAGUGAUUAACAAGGUCCAGAUGAAGGAGUUUGCUACAGCAGGGAUGAGAGGGUCGCGGUGCGUUAGGGGCAUUCCCACCAUGUCCUACAUCCCUACAAUUCCGUUUGAAAACUCUCCGUUUGGAGGAGAAUAUGAAGAGAAAAAUGGUCCCAAGGAAAACACAAACGAAGUAAUAUGUUCAAUUGGUAAAGUGGUACCUAAUUCGGGAUACUCCAAAAGGAAGAACGAUGAAAGGAUGAACGACCUGACACCUCUGGGAAAACAAAUAAGUUGGCUAGUCCUGAACAGGGCAAGGAAUAUUCUAUUAUGCGCAACUGAACGGUGUAUAUAUCUGUUUAGAAUCCAAGUAGGGGGAAAUGAAAAGGUAGACUUGAGGUACCUCAGAUGCCUCCACUUUGAGCGCACCAUUGUUCAUGUAAGUUUGGUUCAAAAAUAUGACAACCUGUUCUACGUCGCAGUGAGGGAGGGUAUUCAUAACACGAGCGGUGGAAAUCGCUACAGUUAUCACUUAUUCUCCUUCACCUGUUCCAAAAGUAGGAGAACCAAAAUGAUAGACUUGUGCAGGAAGGUAUUGUUUGAAAGUACGCGUCUUUGUCCAUAUCUGCAUCCACGUGAGGAACGUUUUGGUUUACUAAAGGAUAAAGUUGUGUGCCUUUUGCAUCCUUACACAUUUGCAGUGUAUUCAUUCUGUGUUAAGAAGACCCUAAAACGGGACAAGACAAGCGCACAAAGACGGGUAAGUAAGAACUUGAGCUACCUUACAUCCUGUGGAGAAUUAACAAGUGAAGGAACAAAUCACCCUAAGGGAAGAUCUACAGUUUGUCCCUUCAGAAAUUGGCACAUGGAUGUUAGCCUUUUUUGGAAAAGUAGGAAGACAGAUCGUAGCGGUUCAUGUAAGUCGACGAUCCGCCAAGGGGCUCAACGCAAAUGGGUGGGAGUGGCCAAGAGGGAGGAACACACGAAAGAAGACAUUUAUAAAGCACCGCUUAGAAAGGACCAUGGAGGAAAGCAUACUCAGGGAAUCGACAAGCUCAAGCCAAAAUGUGAAGCAACGCUGAUGGGGUCUUCCAAGUUUAGAGGAAAACACGACCAGGUGAAGGAACGAGUGGAAGAAUUGAACGGAAGGAAAAUGAAGGAUUACACAAAAUAUAAACUGUUAAGGAAUAUUUUGCAAAAAAGGGCAAGCCUGGAGAGUGAUGGAUUAUUUCAAGGCGCUCAUCGAAACGAGGUACUAGACAUUGGGGAGAGACAUAGGACACAUUUUCGAGUUUCGCCCAGUAAGGGUCACGGAGGGGAAGAAAAAUAUCCCAGUCUAAGGGGGCAUAGGGGAUACACUCGGAUGAACCAGGAAAAGGAUGAUGACAACGAUGACGACAAUGACGGCGACGAUGAUGAUGGACUCAUUUCCAAUCGGUGUAAGGGAGACACAAUUUAUCAGAACAAUGUUACCGGGAGAACAAACUUCAGGAGAUGGAGUCCAGAAGACUCUGUAAAAAAAUAUUUAAGCAAGUACUUGGGUGUCUUUAUUGUGCAAGAGGGUGAGAAAAACCCGAACAGUACUUCUGCUGGUGCCAAAGAGGAGGAGGUACAUUUCCCCCUAAGCGAAGGAAUAACUGGCAAGGGGAGCACGUCAAAAUCACACCUAUCGAGUGGCAGCAUCCGGGGAGGUACGCGCAUACAGGGACUAUCAGUUAAACCUUUGGGGGGAAAUAGCGAUGUUGGGAGAGCAAAGCUGAAAGGGAGGAAAAUGCUUAUUCGUGAAAAAACUCCUAAUGGAGGUUUCCUCAGGGGUACCCUUCACAAUGGAGUGAGGUAUAACGAUAGGGGAGAAGACAAAACGGGAAGACGCAGUUGUACUUCCGUACAGGCAUGUGAUAAAAGUGAAGUGUGCAUAAACAGUGGAGAUGCUUUCAGAGGGGGAAGAGCCCCUAUUGAUGAAUACACAGAUGGGAUAAAGAAAGACGUUGUUAAUCUGAAGAAUCACACCCACAGUAUGUUCGAUUGGAAGGGGGGUAACUCAGAAUGCACCCCUUGUGUUGUUACAAAGGGAGAAAACGGUCCCAGCGCAUUUUCCACAACGAACCAAAAAAAUCAUCUCCCCAAAAAUUGCCGGAUGACAACACAGCAUGAUAAAAUACAUCCAGGAAAGGCAUGUAAGCAUGCGGUACUACGUCAAAUGGGGAAGAACAUUCAGUCCAAUGAAAAUGGAAAGGUGAAGUACCCUUUUAACAUGUGCAAAAUUAAAGAGAAGAAAAAAAUCGAUGGGAAGAAGACUCUCGUGGAUGACAAUAUCAUCUCACCGGGGGACUGUACAAAUGUGUAUAUUAAGGCCCCAUUUGCAAUUAAUUCGAUCGAAAUUGUUCCUGAUCAUAGAUGA